AAUUUUGAUAAUAACAAAUGUAAAUGGGAAACAAAGUUUUUGUUUUUACUUAGCAAGAUUUUUAAAAAUGCUUUGCGGUUAACUUAAAUCCUCCUUUAGGUUAAGGACAUGAUGCAAGAGUUUAUUUAGCAAUGCAUAAAAAGACAGGAGAAAUGUUUGCUUUGAAAGUCUUAACUAAUUUGUCAUAAGAUCAUAUCAUAAAUCUCUAGGUUUUUUUACAUUUUAUUUAGCGAACGAAAUAUAAAUACUUAAACGCAUUGAUAAUCCUGGAACAGUUUUAUUGAAGGGACAUAGUGAAGAUUAUACUUGUGUUCUUUUGGAAU